AGAGGAGGAGAGAGAGGAGGAUAAAACCCAGCAGACGGACGGACGACGGGACCGUAAAGAAAGAAAACAAAUGUGGAAUAACCCGCGAGCUGUGCGCGCGACACCCUGAGGAAUAUUUCCGCUCGUGGAGGAUUAUUUAAAAAAAAAUAGUUUUUCAUUUCCAGGCUGAAUUUGUCUGGAUUUGAUCCCGCUGCUGCUUCCUGUUGGGACUCCGCGGAGGGAAAACACGCGCACAUUGGGAGUUCAGCCCGGUACCGGACGGCGCGCGCGUGUAUGCGCGUGAAUGUGCGUGCAUGUCCAGGUGUGUGUGUCCGCUCACAGCUUUCAUUUAUUUCUGUUGUUGUUAAAUUUGAUGUUUUUCGGACGGAGUUCUGCUCAGCUUUGACCUGUGCGCGUGCGCGCUCUGCUUGUCUCACACCAGAAACAAUUCAUAAACACCUUUAUUUUAGUCAUUUUGCUGUGUGUGUGUGUGUUUUAUUAUUUGCUUGUGUGCGUGUGUUGUGGGUGUGCACGUGCGCGUCCACGCCCCCGUCCUGCAUCCGCACGCGGCAGAUCAAUGAGGAUGGAUUUAUUUUCUUCAGCAGGAGAGAAGAAGCUUUGAACCUUUUAGAUUCCGCUUGUUUUUACCGGAUGGAUAUUAAAUAAAAACUCCUCAAAUAUUAAAGAACCGGACGACACAGAACAUCAGAGGGGCGAGUUCAAUCUCAAAAUGUCUUGCAGAGUUCUGCAACGGGCUUCCAGACAUGGUGGGCUGAGCGGCGUCCGCGAGGCAGACGGUCCCGUCUGAAGCAGAAACCAGAAGACUGGGCUCCCAGCAUGGUGGAUGCCAGCACAACUUACAGGAUGAACCCGCUCGCUGCCCUCAGCAUCGACCGCAACGCUCUGGUGGGGGACAACUAUCGCCCCCACGGAGGAAUUUUUUAUCCCGGCAUCCAUCCUCUGUCUGCUGAAAAGCCCCAGGAGGCUGGCACUUCUCUCCCACUUGGUUAUGAUCUCCUGUACAAACCAGAUGUAACCCUAUUGGAUGGCCAGAAAUCCGCAAAUGGAUAUGUUGGACUUUACAAAAGCUCACCACCAGGGUUGCAGAAACCUGUGAUUGUCCCUGCUGCAGGAGGUGAUGCCCGGGGGCUGGACCGUUGCAUUUUACCCAAUGACAAGCAGUCAGAAUUGGGCCUGAAUGGUGCUGGCAGCUUCCUGAGAUUGCCCUGGAUGAGCCCUUAUGCUGAUGCAACAAUGUACCCCUUCCUGGACAUGGCAUACAAGGCCUCCUUCCUGUCACAGCCAUCGCCGUUCAUCCACCAGCAGCUGGCUUAUCAAUCUCUUUGUGCCACUGGGGCAGGAAGCAGCACAACUGGGGAAGAAAGACUUUUUUACCUGCCUCAUUAUGCCCCUGCCCAUAUCUCUUCCCCACUCGGCCCUCCAAUCAGGAUCCCUACGUCCACUCCAGCUUCUGCUGUCCUUUCACCACUGCCCCACUGCCAGGACAAGGCUUUACAGGGACUUGGGCCUCAGGUACAUCAGGAACACUCUGCCUUCAGUAACAGUUCACAGAUCCACCAGGAGCCCCAACCUAAAGCUGUUCAUCAUACUGAGCGACAACAUGGCAGCAGUAGCAGUGGCGCAAAGUCCAGUCAGUCCACUUCCUCCAAGAACACUCUUAGCAGCAGCGGCGGUGGUGGAAGUAGUAGUGCCCCUGUUAACAGUUCAGCUAAUACUGCUGCCUUAGAGUCACCCCCAGUUACCCGUCCUCCAAGCUCAGUUCCCCCACCCCAACCCCUCAACAACCCCACUACAGAUCUCCAGAAGUCGCUUUACCGAAGCACCUCCUCAUCCUCAACCACACUUUCUGUAUCUCACCCCUUUUACAUGGGCAACCUGAGCUCUGAGCACUGCUCUUCCAUGCAUUCAGGCAACAACAAAACCAAAGAUGCCAGCUCAGAUCGCUGUGCAGAGAAGUGCAUAUCACCUGCAAAGUCAUCAUUGGACAGAGGUGUACCUCAAAAGCCUACCAAAAAGCCCAGAGAAAAACCAUUAGAUCUGUCUGCUAAAGAGUUGGAAGGAUUCUCAAAUGGAUUCCCUUCCAAAUUAGAGGCCCUGGCCAAGUUGGGUUAUUUACCAUCAUCUCGUUACGGCCUGCUAGCCAGUCAGGACCAGCACCUAAACGAAAGUCUACCCUCACCUGUUAGCAGGUCAGCAAAGACUCCAGAUCGUCCUGAAAUGAUGAGCUCUGUGCCCUCCCCUUGGGUUUCGGGUCCUUCCUCAGCUGUCAGCUCUGACCACAGCAGAGGCUCCCAAAUUAUUAAAAAUAAGAGUUUAGACAAUAUUCCUCAUCAUCCACAACCUCAAAGCUCACCUGGCUCCACGACAGUUGAGGUAACCAAUAUUCCCAGCCCUGACUUAGGGGGAAGACCCUCUGCAUCAUCUCCUUCCCCAAAGUCCAAAGUUGAAUGGUCACGAGUCCCCCCUACUGAUUCAGAGAAAGCCCUUCCAAACAGUAAAGGAGAAACUCGUACAUGCCCUGGAAAACCGAGCACGACUCGUGCUAAGCCAGAGACUCACGAGAGCCAACCUCAUCCACAGCAGCAACAGCAGUCUCGUGUGGAAAAUGGAAACUCCUCCAGUCAAAUCUAUGGUGACUCCUACCUCCCUCCUGGACUAGGAUACACUAACCGUUACAUCCCAUACGCAGUUGCUGAAAAUAUGUCCUUGCAACGCAUGGCCAUACCAGGCAAAGGGCCUGUCUAUCCACAUCCAGUCUUGCUUGGCAACAGCAGCUUUUAUCCCCCUCGCAUUUCACCAAAACAUGGCCUUCCAUAUGGAGUACAUCCAAACCAGGGUGACUUCAUGACAUAUCAGAAUUCCCGGGGGACGACGCAUCCACCUGUGUCCUCCCAUCCAGGUCUUGACCGUCUUGAGACCCAAGAUAAAAUCUGGAAUGCAGAACCAUACAGGAACCAGGAAAAAAUAGAUGCUGACAGCUCCCAAAAGAGUGACAAUGAAAGAGACAAGUCCACAAACCAAACCAUAAAGACAACAGGCAAAAGCCUCACUUUGGCCAGGGAUGAUGUGGUUUGUAUUGACCUGGUUCAUGAUGAGGCGGAUGAUUUGUCUACCAACAAGCACAGCUCCCUAAUGACCAUAAGAGAAGAUUCAUCCAAGCAUGGUGGCAGUGGCUGUAAACACAUUCAAGAAAGAGAGCCAUGGCCUCCACAAUCCCUGCCUCCAAACCAGGUUACAGAUCAGAGACAAUCCCAUACUUCCCAACAACAACCCCUUCAGGAGAACUCUUCUUCACCUCCUAGUGAAGAGAUCCAGGAAGAGGAGGAACCACUUAGUCCAUUCCCAGACAUCCCAGAGGAGCAGACGAUGCACUGUGCUCGAACUUCUCCACAGCAGUUUUCAAGAAAAUGUAAAACUGGAGUCUCUGGUGGUGCUGGCGACUUGAUAGGGGUUGGUGUCACUAAUGGUAGGAAUAAAGGUGUUGAUGGGAAGAGCACUUGUAAUGAAGCUAAGUCAGAGGCCUUAGCCAAUAAAAAUGCUAACCCUAAGCAAAGCCCUUCCAGAAAUGUUAUCUCAUUGGGUCCUUUUAGCAAAGAAAGGGAGAGACAGUGUUCUAGUGAUUGUACCAAUUCUAACAACAUCCUGGGAGCGGUGUCUUUAAUCACUGGCCCAAAGAGUCCAGCUUCUGUGGGCAACUUUGAUUCAGACAGUCCAGUUUGCAGCAGUAAGGGGCCAGCAUACAGAGACUACAGUCCCCCAGCAUGCAGGAGUUCUAAUUCCAGGGUUCCACUUGAGGGAAUUGUGAACAGCAGUGCCCCGCUGCGUAUUAACAUCAACCCAAAAAGUCCCACUCGUAACACUGGCGAGGCAAACAAUCCACAUUUUGUCAACAGAAAUUUUGUGGGUCCAUGUUGCCGAAAUAUGGCUCUGAGGGCUCCAACUUGUGAACCCAGAAUUUUCAGCAGUCCAACUCUUGGAAAUAGCAACCCUGUGACUCCAAACUACAGGAGCAUCAAUCCCAGAUUUACAAAUUAUGAAAACCACAAUGCCAUGCGCCCAGUUUGCGGAAAUAUUCAUCUCAGGGCCCCUGCAUCUGGAAAUAACUGUUUAAGUUGUCCAAAUUGUGGAAAUACCAUCUCCAAAGGCCAGUCUUUUGGAAAUAACCAGAGCUAUGUAAAUAACAAUCCUAGUGUCCCCACGUACGGCAACAAUUUUCCUCGGGGCUCAACCUGUCGGCACCCGUCACCUGGCAAUCCUUUCAAUGGAGGCCUUAACUUGAUCCCUGCAGAUCUGACUCCAGAACUGGCAGUUAACAAAGACUUAGAAUGUGAAGGCCUUUCCUCCAAUGAGACAGAACCCAGGAAAGAGGCGCCAAACUCCGGCUUCACCACUGCUAGCUGUGAAGAUGGGAACAAAGACAUCCUGGACAGCAUGGAUCCCCUAGCGGACGAGGACGAGGACACCGGCUGCUGCAAGAACCGGCGCUCCGGCCUCACCAAACGCAUCGCCAGUUCAUCCGGCUAUGUUGGCGACCGGUUUAGAUGCGUGACCACAGAGCUUUACGCCGACUCCAGCAAACUGAGCAGAGAGCAGAGAGCACUCCAGCGAGCAAUGCUGCGUUUCUCUGAGCUGGAGCUGAAGGAGAAAGAAGGAGAAAGAGAAGAUGAAGAAGAAGGAGAAGAAGGGAUGACAGCAGCAACGGGGGUGGCGGCGGGGGAGGCGGCACUGGCAGACGGCCAGCGGGGAGACGGAGGGAGGGAAGAAGAAGACAAGGAGGAGGAGGAGGGGGGGAGGCAGAAAGAGGGAGGGGGAGGAGGGUGGGAGCGCUGGCAGCAGAGCGAGGGAAGGCGAGAAGGAGGAGGAAGAACUCUCCCUGCAGCCGCUGCCGAGGCACCGAGAGAUUUCCAUCCCUCCUGUCCUCACAGCCGCCUCCCCGUCCUGCCUCUGUGCCGCCUCUCUGAUAAUCUCCCUGUCCUCCCAGAAAAGGAUGACGAUUCAGUGGAGGAGCAGAAGAAGAACGAAGAAGUUGGUCCGCAGGAGGAGAAGAAGAAAGAGGAGAAGAGUUUUCUCUCACAGCCACAACAACAAAUAAAGUUCCUGUCCACAGCCAGAGGCCUGUUUCAGGGAAACGCCUCCACGGCGACAUCCAUGCCGGGACUCGGAGGUUCAAAUCUCAGCACGUCGAUAAACCGGAGACGUAUCUUCAGUCUGGAGCCUUUCCACCAGAGCAGCAUCAUCAGCAGCCGGCUGAAGAGAGGGAGGGAAGAGGAGAGGGAGGAGGAAGACCAGACGGGAAACCACAACAAGAAAACCAAGUUAACAAACGACUCGACCCUGGAGGACGUGAAAAAGCUGAAGGUUUGCAUUGAGCUAAACGGCCUACGACUCAAUAAGCCCCGCCUCCCCGGGGACCUCAGCCAAUGGCUGUCCUCCAGCCAGCGGCUAUCGGAUGUCGACAAAAACUUCAGAAUGGAUGUACCCACUGUCCGGGGGAGGUCAGAGGUCAACGGAGGCUGGUGUGACCCUACAUUUGUGAGGAGGGACGACCCAAGAAUUUUCCACGUGGCUCCGCCCUCCUCUCCCGCCCAUCUCCCUCCGCAGCUGUGCAGCUCCGCCCCCCGUCAACCUUCCCCUGCAUCCUCGCUCGCCUCCUCCCGCCUCCAGGACAAGCAUCAGAAGCUGAGGGAGAGCCGCAGGGUUUCCACUUUCCUCCAUUCCUUAUCUCCUCUUCCUUCUGCCUCUUCCUCACCUGACCCCCAUCCCUUCCGAUGCCAGGAUGACGACCUCAACAAGCCGAAAGGCAAGCGUUCCUGCAAGACCAAGCACACGGGAGGAGAGACGGCAAGGGACGAGGGCAGAGACAGGGGUGAAACCGACAAUGAGGAGGAGAGUGGAAAGGUGUCUCUGUCUGACCCGUCUCGCUCCCCUGGCCGUCUCGCUCCCUCACCGCAUCACACACACAUCACCCGGCCCGCCCCUCCUGAAGUCCGCCGACUUAUUGUGAACAAAAAUGCUGGAGAGACACUGCUGCAGCGUGCCGCCCGCCUGGGAUAUGAGGAGGUGGUGCUGUACUGUCUGGAGCGACGCAUCUGUGACGUGAACCAUCGAGACAACGCUGGGUACUGCGCCCUGCAUGAGGCCUGCGCCCGUGGCUGGCUGGGGAUUGUACGCCACCUGGUGGAUCAUGGAGCUGACGUCAACUGCAGCGCUCAGGAUGGAACCAGACCUCUGCACGACGCAGUGGAGAACGACCACGUGGAGGUCGUGCGUUUACUGCUGGCCUGCGGCGCCGACCCCACCCUCACCUCCUACUCUGGACGAGGACCAAUCAACAUGACCCACAGCGCUGCCAUGGAAACCUUUCUGGAGGACUAUCUCUCCGACCUCCAGGGAAGGUCAGAGGGCGAUCCAGGAAUCUGCUGGGAGUUUUACGGCAGCUCCGUGUGCGAGCCAUCCAGUGGGGGAGCAGUGUAUAACAUUCUUGCUGACCCUCCGGGGCCAGAGGAGGAGGAGGAGGGUGAAGAGGAGGACGAGGAUGAGGAGCAACGAGCCAGGAGAGAGGUGUUUGAGUUUGAACUGUCCGACCGGCCACUGCUCCCUUGCUAUAACAUCCAGGUGUCACUGUCCCAGGGGUCCAGGAACUGGCUCCUCCUCUCCGACGUCCUGGGUCGACUUCGGAUGACAUCUCGAUCUUUCCGGCGCCUCUUCCCACAGCUCAACGUGCAGUCUGUCCCUGAGGAUGAGUUCUACCGGCAGGCGUCCCUCUCGCAGCUCCUAACGGGUCCUGAUGAGCAGGAGUUGGCCUCCUUCAGGCCGGACAUCAAGGACCCUUUGGAACUGGUGGAGGCCACCCCUGAGUUGGCCGGUAUGCUCGGUUCUUCCCUGGAGUUUGUCGACACUCGCUGGGACUCUCUGGAAGCUACUCCACCUCCAACGCCGCCCCCACCAACAUCACAAAGACUGUCAUCAAGACCACCACAACGUAUUCCAACGUCAUUAGCACCACAGCAACAGGGGGCAAAAAAAGCAGGUGCUAAAGUGGACAAUGCAUUGCAAAACAGGACUGCAGAGUCUGGACAAAGCCUAAGACUUAAAAAUCUGGGAUAUUCUACUCUGGCUAAGAUUGAAACCAAAAUGGAUGCUAGCAUGUGGGAACCAGGAGAGCUGGGAAGCAAAAACGCUCGGGUUCCUAUUCCUGCAAAGCCAAAUGUGACAGUGAGUUCUACCAUGUGGGAACUGCAAAGAUUACGAAGUAAGAAUCCUGGGAUUGCUAAUUCUGCUAAUCUGGACACUAAAAUUGACUCUAGCAUGUGGGAACCACAAAGACAACAUUGUAAGAAUACUGGGAUUGCUAAAUCUGCUAAUCCGGACUCUAAAAUAGACUCUAGCAUGUGGGAACCACAAAGACAACAAUGUAAGAAUCCUGGGAUUGCCAAAUCUGCUAAUCCGGACUCUAAAAUAGACUCUAGCAUGUGGGAACCACAAAGACAAAGUAAGAAUACUGGGAUUGCUAAAUCUGCUAAUCCGGACUCUAAAAUAGACUCCAGCAUGUGGGAACCACAAAGACAACAAUGUAAGAAUGUUGGGGUUCUUAAUUCUACUAAAUCAGACUCUAGCAUGUGGGAACCACAAAAACAACAAAGCAAGAAUAUAGGGAUUGCAAAUUUGGCUAAUCCGGACUCUAAAAUAGACUCCAGCAUGUGGGAACCACAACAGCAAGGAAACAAAUCCACUAAGAGGGUUCCUGUCAAGUCCGAUGUGGCAGUUGGAACUAGCAUGUGGGAACCACAGCGACUACGAAGUAGGAGCGCUGUGAAUUCUGACACCAAAAAGGAUACUGCCCUGCCCGAACCACAGCAAAUACAAAAUAUGAACAGUGCUAAUCCUACAAAUUUAAAUGGUGCAGUGGAUGCCAACACGUGGAAACAACAAAAUCAAGGGAGUAAGACCGGCGGGGUUUCUACAAACCUAGGCGAUUCAGUUGAUGGUAGUGUUUGGGAACCACAACGACUGAGAAGUAAGAAUCCUGCGAUCACCAUCCCUGCAAAGCCGAAUGCUAUGGUGGAUGCUAGCACGUGGGAACGCCAAAAAGUAAAGAACGUGAGUGGCACAGCGGCCAAAAGAGAAGCUAACUCUAGUGACAACCAAGACCAAGGAGGUAAGACCAUAAAGAUGGACGCUGCCUGGCAAAAGAACCUGGGCAAUGUCAGAGUCCACAUCAGGGACCUGGGGAUGAAGGUGGGGGGAGGUACCAUCCGGAAAGACGUCAAGAAAGAGCAAGGGAAGGCCGCUGGGAAGGGUGCCAGGGUUAAAACAAGGUCAUGACAACACAAUGUAACCAGGGAAAUGAGAAGUUGUAAAUCCUGUUGACUUUCAAAAAGAGUAGUCACACUGAUCUGCUGCCAGACGGAGAACGAUUCUUCUCCACCAGAGGAGUCGGCAACAAUAAGGUAUUCCAUAAAGAAAAUUAACAAUUUAACACAAAAUCGAAACAUACAUACAUGUAAAUAUUGUAAAUGUCAUAUUUGGACAUUGAAAAGGACAGUACAUCCUCUGUGGAGAGGCUAUGGCUGUAUUGUGUGUGUUAUAUGUAUACUGUAAAUAUGCAUUUUUUUAUUUACAGUUCAAAUAUCACUGCUGUUAAAUUUGUUAUUUGUAAAUGCAGUCUGGUGUAAAUACAAUGCAGUUUCUGUCAAGUGGAUUGUUGGUUGGGAGGUUGUUUGUUACCUUUGUGUGUAAUUUUGCAUUCAGCAUCCUGUUGGCUUUCGUCACCAAACUAUUUAUUGUCCAAUAAAUAUAAACAAAUAUGUCUUAAUAUGUUGUCUGAAUUAAAGUUACAUGUCAGCUAGUAA